AUGUUCCUGGCUGUGCAGAAAAGGCUGCAUGGCAUGGAUGCCCCGUGGGUCUUCAGAGUGCCAACCGCCGAUGAUCGAGUACCACUGGUCGAACAGGAUGUGACGCAGCAGCUCGUGCUCAUGCCAUGGCGUUUAAGUUUUCGGCCAGAACAUUCUCAGAAGGGCAAGAGCAAAAUGCUGAAUGUCAUCCGGUGCGCCGCUGACUUUCUAGAAAAACCCUAUGAUAGCUUGACAAAUCCGAUUCAACUCUGGCUUCCUCCAGGGCUGCCUGCUGCCGGAGAACCUCUGCCGGAUUUCGCCCUCGGCCAUUCGAUCGGCUUCACAAAGAGCUUAGCGAUCAAGGCGAUCCUCUUUGCAGUCCACAAGAUGAAGGACCUAUCAGACGAGGAUGUGAAGCACAUUCUGCCACAGCUGCAGGCCUUGUACAACUUUCGCUGCACAUGCCACACGACAGGCAGCAUCAAGUUUGACAGGUUCCGGUCCCUGCAGGACAAGUUCGCAGAAGCAGCUCGACCAAGGCCAGAUCCCACUCAGGUUUCGACAUUGCUCAUGGCACAAGCGAAAGAGGAAGGUCUUGCAUGGACUGAAUGUGCAAGUCUCAUGAUCGACGAGUUCAAUGGUGGCUCGAGCAACGAGGCCAAGAAGCUUUCAGAGCUGGAGACCAGCAUAGUCGUCAUCUAUCCCACCCUCGACUUGGACACCCAGCAGCUCAUCGACUACCACUGGCAGCUGUAUGCACCCAAACAGUCUGCCAUUCCUUACAAGGCCUUGGCGACCAGUGCGUUUUUCCAAGGCAUGGCUCCGAAGAGCAGCAUGAAGUCUGACCUUUGGGUGCAAAUCCUCAAGGCAGACAAUCGCAAGUGGUACUGGUUCGUGAGGCGGAAGGUGCAGUACUUUCUCUUCAAGCUGCAAGAUGCCAAGCGGUUGAAGAAGAAGGUCAACUUGGCCACAGGAGCAGCAUAUUAUCGAGACCCAAAAGAAGCAGACGCGGCUUGGGGUAUGUCGGCUCUCUUCGCACACUUCCACUCAGAGUUUCAGAGGGUGCUGACCUCUAUGCAGCUGCAGCAGCUCGAAACCAAGUUUGCACGAGGCUACCUGGACGUCGAGCUCUUCGAAAAGUUCCGUGUCAUGAACCCACAGUUGAAGGUGGAGAACUUCAGAUUUCUGGCAGAUGUCGGCGCGAAGGUCGCUUGCGGAGUCCCGGAGUCCCAGAUCUCAGAGUCCGACGCUGACCUCGAUGUGCAGAAGGCAGAGCUUGCAAGAGCGAUUGCCAAAGUCACCAAGGAGGUGGCCGGGUGGUCCAGCUACCAGGAGAAGAAAUCCGACUUCAUUCGGAGUGCGAAAGGUCUCGCAGCAGAAGCCCAGGACGAGCAAAAGGCUUUGCAGAAGCAGGCCGUGGAGACGUGGCAGGAAAACCGGUAUCCGAUUCGGGACUUGCGCGAGGCCUCCCACGCCAUCACAUUUGCUGAAACCUGUGUUCGCAAGUUCCAGGAUGAGCAGAGCAUUCCUGAUUGCAACAUGUUCAAGGUCUUCUGGAUGAACCCAAGUGUGCUUGGCUACGACUCCUACAGCGGUAUGCAAGCUGCUAUCGCAACCUACGCUCCGCUUGUCGCGGCAGAUCCGGCCAAGACUGUGAUGAUCAUCGCGGAAUACAUCGAGGCCAAUGUCGGGGAGGCCACACAGAAGAUCUCCGAGUGUGUGUCCCAGCCGGAGAACCGACUUCUCGUUCGCGAGGUCCUGAUGUGCUUCGACCAGAGCAGCAUCCCGGCGCAAUCCAAAAGGCCGGGCUUCCACAAGUUCUUUGCUGCCCUCUCUGACCAGUGCGACAAGGAGGGCCGCUUGAUCUCGGAGUUUUCAAGGUCGGCGCUUUGGAAACGGCAGAUGCUUCCAGUGACUGUGAAGAACUCCGUGAUGCCAAUUCCCAUGUUGGCCCAGAAAGACAUGGUUGACCCGCGCCGAGGUUUCAGCCAAGUUGGUGUUGUUGCAGACGGUGCCAGCAAGUCGUCUCGACGCAAGCAGUGGAUUGCAGGAUUCAACAUUCCGGCAGCGUUCCACGAUGCUCUGUGGCAGGGUCUCACACUUCAACAGCCAUCAGGUGUUUCUUGGGUGGAUGUGUUCGCCUACGACCACUCUGUGGCCGAAGCAUUGAUGAGACGUGCUGCAAGUCCAGCUGUUCCCGCCCCACAAGCAAUCUAUGUUGGUGUCGUCUGGGCUGACUCGAACAGUCGAGACGACAAACACACAGAGAAGGGGGCUGCGAUUGACUCGAGAAAAGAGAACGCAAAGAUCUCACGCUGGCUACAGUCGUCCAUCCGCCGAAAGUUGCAGCACAUCGCACAGGAGAAGGCCAUCUCAAUUCCGGACUGGAAGCCACUCGUGUCUUUCAAGGACAUGCGGGAAGUACCCGCCGUUCAGGAGAAGGAUUUCGUGGCCACCUUCCCGGGAGCAGCGGACACCAUCCCUUUCAAGGCCACCUACCUGGAGCAGAUGGACAAGAAGCUUAGCAACCCUGAUCUCCGAGACCAGUGGGACCGCUUCGUCAAGGAUCACAACGAAUGCUACAACAAGAGCGGAAAGCCGCACCAGGGUGAGAAGCGUUCCGCUGACGAGGCGGCCGGGCCACCGAAAAAGAAGGCGAAACUCCUGAGUUCAGAGGCCCAGAACCCAGAGUCCUUGACCGUGGAGCAGAUGAAGGAGAAGGAAGGGCCGGUGGUGGAGAUUGACCAGAAGACCUACAAGGUUUUCUUCACGUCCAAGGGUUCCAUUUGGAUCCAGACCACGUGCGAGGUGGAGCUGGACGACACCAGUCCUCUGGCCCUGACUUUUGGCAAGUUCAAGAUCAAUGAGGAAGCGGAGGCGGCUCUCAAGGAGGACAAGCUGGAGAUGAUGGACAUUGGUUUCGGCAGCGACGAGGACAUGUGUGGAGCUCGCAAGCUUUCAGACAACAAGCCGGAAAUCUCGCCGUUGAUGACACUUCGCUCACAUUUGCAGUUGAUGGAAGACAAGAAAAUGGAUGUCACCAGCAUCGAGUUUGCCUGUCACAAAUUGAAGCCGAAGGUUGCGAAGGACUCAGCUGGCGAUGCUCAGGAUCGUGUUUUCGAGGUGAAGAAGUGCGAUCCUUGUGUCUUCGUCCCUCAGCCGACCCCGCGCAAGAUGACGAACAAGAAAGCCCAGCCUGAUUGGGACGACGUGGGCAGCAUUGCCCUCACCUCACCCGACACCAAGGCAGCCUGGAACCUGAAGGAUGGCAGCCAUGCCGAGGGCUUGGUUUUUUUUAAGCAGCGCUGGGUUUUGAUGGACAACGACCAAGGCCUCAGUUUCAACCCAGAGAAACCUGGGAUUUAUUUCACAGGGCCUGUCAAGAUUGAGUCCAAGAAGCUGGUCCGUGUAGCUUGA